GUAACUUCGUUUAGGGAUGAUUUCACAAACAGAGUUGAGUAUGAGAAAGAAAUCGUUGGUCUAAACUAAACACUUUCAUUGUAAAUGGAAUCCGUGGGCGUGCUAAUGACUUGCCCAAUGCACAGUUACAUCCAAGAAGAGCUCACCAAGCGCUUCAACCUCUUCAAACUCUGGCACUUUCCCUCCUUCGCCGCCUUCGCCCAAGCCCACGGAACCUCCGUCCGCGCCGUCGUCGCAAAUGUCAAAGUAGGAGUGGAUGCCGCCACCAUCGACUCCUUGCCCAACCUACAGAUUGUCUCCACCUACAGCGUCGGAUACGACAACAUCGACCUCCGAAAAUGCAGAGAGAAAGGCAUUCCCGUCACCAACACGCCCAACGUUUUGACCGACGAUGUCGCCGAUCUCGCCGUCGCCCUUGCCAUGUCCCUCUUCUGCACAAUUUCUCACUCCCCUCGCCGUAAUUCUGCUCCUCACCUCACACCAAAGCUUAGUGGUAAAGCAGUUGGAAUUAUUGGGCUGGGAAGGAUUGGGUUGGCGAUUGCGAAGAGAGCCGAGGCUUUUGGAUGCUCCAUCAGCUACCAUUCGAGAAGUGUAAAGGCAGAGUCUGGGUAUAGAUAUUACUCUAACGUUCUUGACUUAGCCGCUGACUCUGAAGUACUGGUUGUGGCCUGUACCCUCACGCAAGAAACCCGUCACAUAGUGAACCGUGGAGUUAUGGAUGCACUGGGCCCAGAUGGGAUUUUGAUCAAUAUCGGGCGAGGCCCGCACGUGGAUGAGCCCGAACUUGUGUCCGCGUUGACCGAAGGAAGACUGGGUGGUGCGGGCCUUGACGUGUUUGAGAAGGAGCCAGAGGUGCGUGAAGAGUUACUAAGGCUUGAGAAUGUUGUGUUGACUCCUCAUGUGGGGAGUGACACUGUGGAAACUUGCAUGGCAAUGGCAGAUCUUGUGAUUGCAAACUUAGAGGCAAGCUUCCUUGGCAAGCCCCUUUUGACUCCAAUCAUUUGAUGCUGCUUUUCUUCACAUCACUCGUUCACAUUCACUUCCUUCUUGCUUUAGAUUAUGAAGUUAAUCAGCUACUUUUAUUAAACAUUUUAUCCUAAUCUUUUAACUUUCAAUUUAAUUAAUUUGUUAGAUUCCUUUUACUAGUUUUGCUAAUUACUUUUUCCGCUGUACUGUACAAAGAGACGUUCAUGCUGCACUUCGUGUUCCUCUUUUGUAGUCUGUAAGACCGAAAAACUGAGAAAAAAAACGGGGUGCAGCUCAGCUGUGGUUAUUGUAUAGAUGUAUUAAUGAAAAAAUGAUUUUGUUUUUACUUUAA